ACGUAAUAAUUUAGAAUUAGGAACGUAACUAAAUAUAUGAAAAAUCCCUUGUUAUGAAGAACUAUUUAUGCAAAGAUUCUUUUGAGCUAAAUAUUAUUUUUCACAUAUACUACUUCCGUUCCAGAGUAUUUGUCCACUUUCAUUUUUACACACCAUCCAAUACACUUCUUUAAUCCAUUUUAUCUUGUAAUUUGUAUAUUAAAAAAUUAUAGAAAUUAUAUAUUAAUAAUCUAUAUGUUAAGACAAAUCAAACAAGAUCACACAUGACUAUAUUUAGGCUUACACAUUGAGAAAAUUUGAUGAGUCAAAGAUAAUGACCUCAAAUAUUCUUGUGUAUCAAUCUCCACAACUUAAAAUGAAAAAGAAAAUGAAGAAGCAAGUACAAUAGCGUGUGGACGGUGAAGUCAUAACUUUCUGGCCAGUCAGAGUAUAUACUGUAUAAAUUAAACCUCUGUUUCUCUCAAUUCCACAAUGCAACUAACCUUUUGAACUUAACCAAAGCCCUCUUUAAUUAAUUCCCCCCUUCUCUCUCUCUCUCUCUCCUCAAAUCAAACAUGUCUCUGCAAAAUAAACUGCCGGCGGUCUCGAUGUCAACCAGACCGGCCGCUCCAUUCCCGAGUUCGCGGAACCGGGUCCGGGAUCUCGACUCCCGGUCGGGAUUGAACCGGGUUCCGAUGAGGAGAAGGGGUUAUCGGGCGAGAGGGGUCGCGGCGGCGGCCGUGAGCAGCGAUCAGAGGGGGGCGAGAGCGGUGGUGCCGGAGAAAGCGGCGGCGAAGGUGGAGGUGAGAGCGGUGGUGACGGUGAGGAACAAAGACUACGAAGAUUUUAAGGAAACUCUGGUGAAGCAUCUGGAUAACUUGUCGGAGAGCCUCGGCAGAAAUGUCGGGCUUCAGCUCAUCAGCAGCUCCCAAAUUGACCCCAAAACAAAGGAGGCAAGGAGGAGCAGCAAGGCAGUGCUGAAGGACUGGACAAAGAAGUCAAAGCUGAAAACAGAGAGAGUGAAUUACACAGCAGAGUUCACAGUGGACUCCAAUUUCGGGAUCCCAGGGGCAAUAAGCGUCACCAACAAGCACCAGCAAGAGUUCUUCCUGGAGAGCAUCACCCUCCAGGGGUUCCAUGACCCCGGCCCCCUCCACUUCCCCUGCAACUCCUGGGUCCAAUCCUCCAAGACCCACCCCCUCCCCAGGAUCUUCUUCUCCAACCUGCCCUACCUGCCCGACGAGACGCCUCCGGGCCUCAAGGCAUUGAGGGAGAAAGAGCUCUGCGACUUGAGGGGCGAUGGGACCGGCGCAAGGCGACUGUCCGAUAGGAUAUACGACUUCGACGUUUACAACGACCUCGGGAACCCCGAUAAGGGCAUCGACUUUGCUCGCCCCGUGCUAGGCGGAAAAGACACUCCUUAUCCCCGGCGCUGUCGUACCGGCCGCCCUCCCACGGAUACUGAUAUAAAUGCGGAGAGUAGAUUGGAGAAGCCAUCGCCAAUGUACGUGCCGAGAGAUGAGCAGUUUGAGGAGUCCAAGCGGGACGCGUUCUCCACGGGAAGGCUCAAGGCUGUGCUUCACAACUUGCUCCCGGGUUUGCAGGCGAAAAUCUCGGAGAAGAACGUUGACAUCAAAGGGUACCAAGACAUCGACAAGCUUUAUAGCGAAGGGCUCCUUUUGAAGCUCGGGAUUAGGGACGAUGUCUUCAACAAGUUCAAAUUCCCGAGAAUCGUCACCAAGUUCAAAGAUGGAGACCUUCUUAAGUUCGACAUUCCUAAGAUCAUCUCAAAGGAUAAGUUGGCGUGGCUGCGAGACGAUGAGUUUGGUAGGCAAGUGAUUGCGGGUAUUAAUCCCGUGACCAUUGAGAGGCUCACGGUUUUCCCUCCCGUGAGCAAGCUUGACCCUGAGGUCUAUGGACCCUUAGACUCUGCCCUCAAAGAAGAGCACAUUCUUCGAAAUCUCAAUGGCAUGUCUGUACAAGAGGCCAUAGAUGGGAACAAGCUCUACAUUGUGGAUUAUCACGACGCGUACCUGCCGUUCGUUGACCGUAUCAACGCUCAAGACGGUCGCGCUACGUAUGCGACUCGGACCCUUUUCUUCUUGACAGAUAUGGGAACUCUGAAACCAAUCGCCAUUGAGCUCUGCCUGCCAUCGUCGAGCUUUCCAAGUGCCCCGACGAGGUCAAAGCGCGUGGUCACACCGCCCGUGGACGCCACCUCUUACUGGAUGUGGCAGCUCGCCAAGGCCCACGUCUGUUCCAACGACGCCGGCGUCCACCAGCUCGUUCACCACUGGUUGCGGACGCAUGCUUCGAUGGAACCUUUUAUCCUGGCUGCGCAUAGACAGCUAAGCGUGAUGCACCCUAUCUAUAAGCUUCUCGACCCGCACAUGAGAUACACGCUGGAGAUCAAUGCAUUGGCUCGACAGGGAUUGAUCAAUGCUGACGGUGUUAUAGAGCUCUGCUUCACUCCCGGUCGCUACGCCAUGGACAUUAGUGCUUCUGCUUAUAAGAACUGGCGCUUUGACUUGGAAAAUCUCCCCGCCGACUUAAUCCGGAGAGGAGUAGCAGUGGCAGACUCAACGCAGCCUCAUGGGGUAAAGCUGCUGAUCGAGGAUUACCCGUACGCAGCGGAUGGGCUUCUGAUAUGGGCCGCCAUUGAGAAUUGGGUCAAGACUUACGUGGGCCGCUAUUACCCGGACUCGGACGCAGUGUGCAAUGACAGGGAACUUCAGGCCUGGUAUGCGGAGUCCAUCAACGUGGGCCACGCCGACCACCGGGACGCGGCGUGGUGGCCCACUCUAGCCGCGCCGCGUGACCUCGUGUCCAUCCUCUCCACCGUCAUUUGGCUCUCCUCGGCCCAGCACGCCGCCCUGAACUUCGGGCAGUACUCGUACGGCGGGUACAUCCCGAACCGGCCCACACUCAUGCGGCGGCUGAUCCCGGAGGAGGCCGACCCGGAGUACGCCGCGUUCACGGCCGACCCUCAGAAGUACUUCUUCUCGGCGCUGCCCAGCUUGCUGCAGGCCACCAAACUGAUGGCGGUGGUGGACACGCUGUCGACCCAUUCGCCGGACGAGGAGUACCUCGGGGAGAGGCCUCAGCCGUCGACGUGGACGGGCGACGGCGAGAUGGUCGGCGCUUUCUACGACUUCGCGGCGGCGAUUCGGGAGGCGGAGAAGGAGAUCGAGAGGCGAAAUGUGGACCCCAGCUUGAGGAAUAGGUGCGGGGCAGGGGUCAUACCAUAUGAGCUUCUUGCUCCUAGCUCUUCUCAUGGUGUCACGUGCAGAGGUGUUCCCAAUAGUGUGUCAAUAUGAUAUUUAAUACUCCCUCCGUCCCUAAAUAUUUACUACAUUUGCUUUUUCAGCCGUGUCGAAAACUUUUGUUUAUUUUGACGUUUUCAUUUAUUAUUUGAUAAAAUAAAAUAUUCUUGAUACCUCUUAUUUCGAAGAAUUUUUUAUGUAGCUUUUUAUAUGUAAAUUUUAUUUUUUUAUUUCUUUACCAAUAUGUAAAUAAAAUGAAUUGAAAAAACUUGA